AUAAAAGCGUGCCAGGAGGUGACGGCGCGUCGUAGUCCUCUUUUCGGGAUCGAUUCAGAAGGUACGUGUACGAGCGCGCGCGAUUCCACGCAGCCGAGAUGGCUCCGAAGCCGAUCGUUCAUCUGCUGAUCGCCUGCGGCGUCUUCGUUGUUACGACCUCGAUCAAUCAAAAUCAAGGAUUCUCCAAUCAGCUAUUUGGCAAUCAGCUGAAUCGCGACCAGCAAUUGUCAGCGAAACGCGGCGCAUCCGCGUCGUGUCCGGAGAAGAACGGCCGUUUCCCGGUGCAGAAUCAGUGCGACGCCUACAUUGAGUGCAUCGACGGGGUCCCCGAGGAGAAACUGUGUCCCGAGGGUCUGGUCUUCAAUCCUGAGGCACGUUUCAAUUAUCCUUGCGGCUAUCCGAUCGACGUAGACUGCACGGGCAGGCCAAAUUUACAACCGGCGGACCCGUCGGUAGACUGUCCUCAUCAGUACGGCUACUUCAAGAUCGGCGACCAUCAGCACUGCGGCCAAUUUAUGAACUGCGUGGACGGUAGGGGCUACGUGUUCGAUUGUCCGGAAGGUUUGGCUUUCAAUCCGGAGACCUACCGAUGCGACUGGCCAGAUCAGGUGCCGGAUUGCGACGCUGAAGCUUUCCUGGGUUUCCGCUGUCCGGAGGUGAAGAGCAACAGCUUCUUUCUGGCCGGCGAGACCAAGUUCUACCGCAGCAAUGCCGAUUGCCAUCAUUUCUUCCUCUGCGUGAACGGUCGGCCGCGACUGCAGAAUUGCGGCGAAGGCAACGCUUUCAACGAACUGAUCGAUGCCUGCGAUGCCGCGGAGAAUGUCACUGGCUGCGAGCACGAGGCGAAAGUGAGGACCUCUGAAUUAAAUAUAGAUUCGCGAUUGCAGCUCUAAGAGAGCUGGGAAUUAAAACAAAGACCAGCACAGUGCGACAGUUUCAAAGGAUUAAGUAUUGAAGGAUUUCAGUAAUAAUGUCUUCGGCAAGAUUACACGUAUCGUGACGUUUAUAACACACAUGCAACAGCAGAUAAUUGUAUAUUUUUAUACUCUAGAAAUGCAUUAUGUAUUUUGGACGAUGAGAUCUCAAUGAGAAAGAAAGCCCGACUAUAUGUGUGAUGCUUUCGAAUAUUGUAAAUUGCGUACUCAUCCUGAUGCCAUAAGCGGUAUGUAAUAUAUUAAUAUAUAAGUUGUGUGUGUGUGUUUUAAGAGUACGUGCGCGCGCGCAUCGUUCACAUAGAAAUAUAAAAACUUUACAUUUAAUAAAACAAAUGUGAAAAUAUAAAAAUGAACAUUUAUUGCACACAUGAACGAAAGUGCGAUUGGAAUUCAAAUACAGCGAGAGAGAAUUUAAUCACAGGAAUUUAUAAGAUUAUUUGCGUAGUUCUACCGUAAAUUCUCUCGUACCGUGAAAACCUGUUAAGUUCGCAAUUGGAGUCUCAGUUAGACCCGAUAUUUGCGGCUUUAUUAGUUCCGAAGUCUCCGCUGCGAGGCGCCAUCAUCUGAAAAAGAGACUUUGUGAAAAUUUCAAAACUCUGAAACUGAUGCCAUUAAGUAAGUUGAUCGUGUAUGUAAUAAUGUAUCAUUGAUGUUACAAUCUUAACGAUAACUUAUUAAAAAGAAACGGCAUACGUUGUAUUUGAAAUUAAUUCUACUCAAAAGUAGUUCGCCGCGUGGUAAAAAGUGACAUCUUUUCUGACGUUACACAUUGUCACGAUUAUAACGUUGUUACUACGACAUAACGUUGUUACUCGUACAUACGAUUGUAUAACAUUUUGACGUCCACAUGUAGAAUUUUAUACGACAGUUAAACAAUUAAACAAUCACAGUUAAACAAUCACAGUUAAACAAUCGAGAUAUACACAGUUAAACAAUCGAGAUAUUGGCGGCAAGACUGUGAACACAGGUACUCAUAAAUCGUUGAAACGUAAACACUCUUGUCUUAUAUCAGCUCUUGAUUUAUUUUGGUUUAGUUUAGUUAGGUUUUAGACUUCACCUGAUUAUCUCGCAUGAUUAGGCAUAAAAUAUCACACAGUUGUCGAGUUUUAUGAGAGUUUUAUGAGACUCUCCGAACAGAACAAUGUUCGUAAAUUUUAUAUUGAUCAAUACAAAGUCGAGUCUUUGUACGCAACAGAUAUUUUUGAACAUUCGACAUUCAUCAAGAAUAUAAUCCGUUGAAGAAUAAAAUUAUGUUGAGGAACAAAA